AGUUGUUCUUGGGCUGAGGUUGACCAGGUGAGAACCCUUGGUAUAUACCGAGAAUAGAAAAGCAAAGGCCCAAGUCUUGCUAAAGCUGACAGGACAAGGUUCAAAUCCCCGCAGAGCCAUACAGAAAGGCCUUAAUGAUCUAAUUCCUGCUUGUCUUACAGUUUCAUUGUGUCACCAGUCUCCCGUGUACAGGUGCUCCAACAUGCUGCUGCUGGAAUUUCUUCCACCUGACCUGCAGGGCGUCUCACCCCAUGAUGCCCUGUACUCUCCCUUCCUGACCAGUGCUGUCAUUACUCAUUCUGUAAAAUCGAACUGCAGUCCAGGUCUCACCUUCUCCAUGGUUACCUAGGGUAUGAAUUAAUACAGACUUGGAAACUGAAAGAACUUAGAAUCAGCAUUUUGAGAGCAGAAGCAUGGGCAUGCUGUGAUUUCCCAGUAAACUGCUAUCACAAUGUCAAAAUGCAGUUCAGACAACAGCAACACAGAGGUCUCAGACAUUAAAACGUAAGCUCUGCUAGAACAAAAAUGCAAUGAAAGAAACACUGGAUGAAUGAAAAGCCCUGCUUUGCAACCCCUCAGCAUGGCAGGCCUGCAGCUCAUGACCCCUGCUUCCUCACCAAUGGGUCCUUUCUUUGGACUGCCAUGGCAACAAGAAGCAAUUCAUGAUAACAUUUAUACGCCAAGAAAAUAUCAGGUUGAACUGCUUGAAGCAGCUCUGGAUCGUAAUACCAUAGUCUGUUUGAACACUGGCUCAGGGAAGACGUUUAUUGCAGUACUACUCACUAAAGAGCUGUCUUAUCAGAUCAGGGGAGACUUCAACAGACAUGGAAAAAGGACGGUGUUCUUGGUCAACUCUGCAAACCAGGUUGCUCAGCAAGUGUCAGCUGUCAGGACCCAUUCAGAUCUCAAGGUUGGAGAAUACUCAAACCUGGAAGUAAAUGCAUCUUGGACAAAAGAGAAAUGGAACCAAGAGUUUACUAAGCACCAGGUUCUCAUUAUGACUUGCUAUGUCGCCUUGAUUGUUUUGAAAAAUGGUUACUUGUCACUGUCAGACAUUAACCUUUUGGUGUUUGAUGAGUGUCAUCUUGCAAUCCUAGACCACCCCUACCGAGAAAUUAUGAAGCUCUGUGAAAGUUGUCCAUCAUGCCCUCGUAUUUUGGGACUAACUGCUUCCAUUUUGAAUGGGAAAUGUGAUCCAGAGGAAUUAGAAGAAAAGAUUCAGAAACUGGAGAAAAUUCUUAAGAGUAAUGCUGAAACUGCAACGGACUUGGUGGUCUUAGACAGAUAUACUUCUCAGCCAUAUGAGAUUGUGGUAGACUGUGGACCAUUUAUGGACAGAAGUGGGCUUUAUGAAAGACUGCUGAAGGAAUUAGAGGAAGCACUUAAUUUUGUCAACGACUGUAACAUAUCUGUACAUUCAAAAGAAAGAGAUUCUACUUUAAUUUCUAAACAGAUACUGUCCGACUGCCGCGCGGUGUUGGUGGUUCUGGGACCCUGGUGUGCAGAUAAAGUAGCUGGAAUGAUGGUGAGAGAACUGCAGAAGUACAUCAAACAUGAGCAAGAGGAGCUACACAGGAAAUUUCUAUUGUUUACAGACACUUUCCUACGGAAAAUACAUGCACUGUGUGAAGAGCACUUCUCCCCUGCCUCGCUGGACCUGAAGUUCGUCACGCCCAAAGUGAUCAAGCUGCUCGAGAUCCUGCGCAAGUACAAGCCGUACGAGCGGCAGCAGUUCGAGAGCGUCGAGUGGUACAACAACAGGAACCAGGACAAUUACGUGUCUUGGAGUGAUUCUGAGGAUGAUGAUGAGGAUGAAGAAAUUGAAGAAAAGGAGAAGCCAGAGACAAAUUUUCCUUCUCCAUUCACCAACAUUUUAUGCGGAAUUAUUUUUGUGGAAAGAAGAUACACAGCAGUUGUCUUAAACAGAUUGAUAAAGGAAGCUGGCAAACAAGAUCCAGAGCUGGCUUAUAUCAGCAGCAAUUUUAUAACUGGACAUGGCAUCGGAAAGAAUCAGCCUCGCAACAAACAGAUGGAAGCAGAAUUCAGAAAACAGGAAGAGGUACUUAGGAAAUUUCGAGCACAUGAGACCAACCUGCUGAUUGCAACAAGUAUUGUGGAAGAGGGCGUUGAUAUACCAAAGUGCAACUUGGUAGUCCGUUUUGAUUUGCCCACGGAGUAUCGGUCCUACGUUCAAUCGAAGGGAAGAGCAAGGGCACCGAUCUCCAAUUAUAUAAUGUUAGCAGAUACGGACAGAAUAAAAAGUUUUGAAGAAGACCUUAAAACAUACAAAGCUAUUGAAAAGAUCUUGAGAAACAAAUGUUCCAAGUCAGUUGAUACUGGUGAGACUGACAUUGAGCCUGUUGUGGAUGACGAUGACAUUUUCCCACCGUAUGUGUUGAGGCCUGAUGAUGGUGGUCCACGAGUCACAAUCAACACGGCCAUUGGACACAUCAAUAGAUAUUGUGCUCGAUUACCAAGUGACCCGUUUACUCAUCUAGCUCCUAAAUGUAGGACCCGAGAGCUGCCUGAUGGCACAUUCUACUCAACUCUGUAUCUGCCAAUUAACUCGCCUCUUCGAGCCUCCAUUGUCGGUCCACCAAUGAGCUGUAUACGAUUGGCUGAAAGAGUUGUAGCUCUUAUUUGCUGUGAAAAACUACACAAAAUUGGUGAACUGGACGACCAUCUGAUGCCAGUAGGGAAAGAAACUGUUAAAUAUGAAGAAGAGCUUGAUUUGCAUGAUGAAGAAGAGACCAGUGUCCCAGGCAGACCGGGUUCCACAAAGCGAAGACAGUGCUACCCGAAAGCAAUUCCAGAAUGUCUGAGGGACAGCUAUCCCAAACCCGGUCAGCCCUGUUACCUAUAUGUCAUAGGAAUGGUUCUGACGACACCGCUACCUGAUGAACUCAACUUCAGACGACGGAAGCUCUAUCCCCCUGAGGACACCACAAGAUGCUUUGGAAUCCUGACAGCCAAACCUAUACCUCAGAUUCCGCACUUUCCCGUGUACACUCGCUCUGGAGAGGUUACCAUAUCUAUUGAGUUGAAGAAGUCUGGUUUCAUGUUGCCUCUACAAAUGCUUGAGUUGGUAACAAGAUUCCACCAGUAUAUAUUCUCACAUAUUCUUCGCCUUGAAAAACCUGCACUAGAAUUUAAACCCACAGACGCUGAUUCAGCAUACUGUGUUCUACCUCUGAAUGUUGUUAAUGACUCCAGCACUUUGGACAUUGACUUUAAAUUCAUGGAAGAUAUUGAGAAAUCUGAAGCCCGCAUAGGCAUUCCCAGUACAAAGUAUUCAAAAGAAGCACCCUUUGUUUUUAAAUUGGAAGAUUACCAGGAUGCAGUUAUCAUUCCAAGGUAUCGAAAUUUUGAUCAGCCUCAUCGGUUUUAUGUAGCUGAUGUGUACACUGACCUUACCCCACUGAGUAAAUUUCCUUCCCCCGAGUAUGAAACUUUUGCAGAAUAUUAUAAAACAAAGUACAACCUUGACCUGACCAAUCUCAACCAGCCGCUGCUGGAUGUGGACCACACCUCUUCAAGACUUAAUCUUUUGACACCUCGCCAUUUGAAUCAGAAAGGGAAAGCUCUCCCUCUGAGCAGUGCUGAGAAGAGGAAAGCCAAAUGGGAAAGUCUGCAGAACAAACAGAUACUGGUUCCAGAACUCUGUGCUAUACAUCCAAUUCCAGCAUCACUGUGGAGAAAAGCAGUCUGUCUCCCCAGCAUACUUUAUCGCCUUCACUGCCUUUUGACCGCAGAGGAGCUAAGAGCUCAGACGGCCAGCGAUGCUGGCGUGGGAGUCAGAUCACUUCCUGUGGAUUUUAGAUACCCUAACUUAGACUUCGGGUGGAAAAAAUCUAUCGACAGCAAAUCUUUCAUCUCAGUUGCUAACUCCUCUUCAGCUGGAAAUGACAAUUACUGUAAGCACAGCACAAUUGUCCCUGAAAAUGCUGCACAUCAAGGUGCUAAUAGAGCCUCCUCUCUAGAAAAUCAUGACCAAAUGUCUGUGACCUGCAGAACAUUACUCAAUGAGUCAUCUGGUAAGCUCCCAAUCGACGUUUCAACAGAUCUUACAGCAAUUAAUGGUCUUUCUUACAAUAGAAAUCUCGCCAAUUAUGAUUUAGCUAACAGAGACUUUCGCCAAGGAAAUCCGCUGAAUUACUACAAGCAGGAAAUACCUGUACAACCAACUACCUCAUAUCCCAUUCAGAAUUUAUACAAUUAUGAGAACCAGCCCAAGCCCAGCGAUGAAUGUACUCUACUGAGUAAUAAAUACCUUGAUGGAAAUGCUAACAAAUCUACCUCAGGUGGCAGUCCCGUGAUGGCCGCGGUGCCUGGCACCACCGAGGCUGUUACCGUGCCCGAGGACAGGCGGGGCUCUGCGCAGAGCCCUUCCCCUGGAUACUCCUCCAGGACUCUGGGCCCAAAUCCUGGACUUAUCCUUCAGGCUUUGACCCUUUCCAAUGCUAGUGAUGGGUUUAACCUGGAGCGGCUUGAAAUGCUUGGCGACUCCUUCCUAAAGCAUGCCAUCACCACAUACCUGUUUUGCACUUACCCUGAUGCUCACGAGGGCCGCCUUUCAUAUAUGAGAAGCAAAAAGGUCAGCAACUGUAAUUUGUAUCGGCUUGGAAAAAAGAAGGGACUACCCAGCCGCAUGGUGGUGUCAAUAUUUGAUCCCCCUGUGAAUUGGCUUCCUCCUGGUUAUGUAGUAAAUCAAGAUAAAAGUAACACAGAUAAAUGGGAAAAAGAUGAAAUGACAAAGGGCUGCAUGUUGGCUAAUGGCAAACUGGAUGACGAUUUGGAGGAGGAGGAGGAGGAGGAGGACCUGGUGUGGAGGACUACAAAGGAGGACGCCGACUAUGAGGAGUAUGACCUGGAACACAUCAAGUUCAUAGACAACAUGUUAAUGGGAUCAGGAGCUUUUGUAAAGAAAAUUCCUCUCUCUCCUUUCUCAAACAUUGAUUCUGCAUACGAAUGGAAAAUGCCCCCCAAAUCCUCCUUAGGUGAUAUGCCAUUUUCAUCAGAUUUUGAGGAUUUUGACUAUAGCUCUUGGGAUGCAAUGUGCUAUCUGGAUCCUAGCAAAGCUGUGGAAGAGGAUGACUUUGUGGUGGGGUUCUGGAACCCAUCAGAAGAAAACUGUGGUGUCGACACAGGGAAACAGUCCAUUUCUUAUGACUUGCACACUGAGCAGUGCAUUGCUGACAAAAGCAUCGCCGACUGCGUGGAAGCCCUGCUGGGCUGCUAUUUAACCAGCUGCGGCGAGAGGGCUGCUCAGCUUUUCCUCUGCUCCUUGGGGCUGAAGGUGCUCCCAGUAAUUAAAAGGACUGAGCGGGAAAAGGCCAUGUGCCCUGCUAGGGAGAAUUUCAACAGCCGACAAAGGAACCUUUCAGGGGGCCGUGCUGCUGCCUCUGUCGCCAGUUCACGCUCUUCUGUGUUUAGAGACUUGGAGUACGGCUGUUUGAAGAUCCCACCGAGAUGUAUGUUUGAUCAUCCGGACGCAGAUAAAACACUGAAUCACCUGAUAUCGGGUUUUGAAAAUUUUGAAGAGAAAAUCAACUACAGAUUCAAGAAUAAGGCUUACCUGCUACAGGCUUUUACACAUGCCUCUUACCACUACAACACUAUCACUGAUUGUUACCAGCGCUUAGAAUUCCUGGGAGAUGCGAUUUUGGACUACCUCAUAACCAAGCACCUUUACGAAGACCCUCGGCAGCACUCCCCAGGGGUCCUGACUGACCUGCGCUCUGCUCUGGUCAACAACACCAUCUUCGCGUCGUUGGCCGUGAAAUAUGACUACCACAAGUACUUCAAAGCUGUGUCCCCGGAGCUCUUCCAGGUCAUCGAUGUCUUUGUGCAGUUCCAGCUCGAGAAGAACGAAAUGCAAGGGAUGGAUUCCGAGCUGCGGAGAUCUGAGGAGGACGAAGAGAAGGAAGAGGACAUCGAAGUUCCCAAGGCCAUGGGGGAUAUUUUUGAGUCGCUUGCUGGUGCCAUUUACAUGGAUAGCGGGAUGUCACUGGAGAUGGUUUGGCAGGUGUACUAUCCUAUGAUGCGGCCACUAAUAGAAAAGUUUUCUGCAAAUGUGCCCCGUUCCCCUGUGCGAGAAUUGCUUGAAAUGGAACCAGAAACCGCCAAAUUUAGCCCAGCUGAGAGAACGUACGAUGGCAAGGUCAGAGUCACCGUGGAAGUGGUAGGAAAGGGGAAAUUUAAAGGCGUCGGCCGCAGUUACAGGAUUGCCAAAUCUGCCGCAGCGAGAAGAGCCCUGCGAAGCCUCAAAGCUAACCAGCCUCAGGUUCCCAACAGCUGAAACCCCUUUUUAAAAUAAUAAUAAAAAAAAA